ACCGUUAAUAGAUUACGGGGGCCCCCAAAAUAAAGGGGCGAAAAGAUCCUAUCGUGCUGGACCCAAAAAGCACCACGAUCUUUUGAUCAACACAAAGCACAAAGAAAGACGAGGCCCGCCACCAUCAAGCAAGGAAGCCAUCGUCAACGACCAGGACCACUCUCACUCUCUACUAGCUAGUAGAAAGAAAGGCUGGCACUCGCAGCACGUCCGACUGGAAGAGGAAGAAGAAGAAGAGAGAAUCGGAUGAUGGAUUUGGAAGCGUACAUUCAAAAAUACAAGGGCGAGACCCGCUUGCAGCGCUUGCUCCACAUUGGCAAGGUGGCCCAAGAUGCCUCGUUGGUGACGCAGGCGUAUGAACUGGCAGAGACCCAAAUGAAGGAAGAUGGAAAUGUUCUUCGAUACAAGGAGGUCUUUGGAGAUGAAAAUGGCCCGAGUCCGUCGCAUCCUCGUGCUCGCAGUGGCAAUGUGGUGUACGAUCACGACUUUUUGGUGGAAACCGACGCCCGCAACCGAGGGACUCGUGACAUGUUGACGGGACGUUUGCACACGGCCCAGGCGCACUUGAACAAGGAAGCCAUCCGGACGGCCUACUUGGCAUUGGCCGAAGCCGACGUGUUGCGGGGAGAUUUGACUGAAGCCUAUCAUGCCGCAUUGCGGGCCAAAGACUACUGUACCAAUCGACAGCAAACCAGUCAAGUCUCCUUUUUGGUACUCGAAUUGGCCAUUCACUUGCACAACUACAAUCAGGUCCGCGAUUUUACAUUCAAAGUGCAGCACACGCUCUUGCCGGGCGGAAGCAGCAGCAGUGACGCGCACAACACCACUGCCACCACGACAAACAAUAUUGCCGACCGUCUGCUCGUGGCAAGUGCCUUGGAACGAUUGGCCCAUGGAGAUUUUCCAAAAGCGGCUGCCAAAUUUCGACAAGUCUGUGCCACGUCCGGUGCUGGUUGGGAUACGCUCAUUGCUCCCGAGGACAUUGCCACCUACGCGGCCGUCACCAGCAUGGCAUCGGCAUCUCGCAAGGUGCUGCAGGAAUGGAUUGAACACCCGGAAGCUCUGGAAUUUUUGGCACCGCCCCUCCAGGAAGCCUUAUUUCAGUUGGCAUCCCGGGCCAAUUACGCAGCGGCGUGGAAGCAUUUGCAAGAAUUUACACCCAACUUGCAGUUGGAUCUCUUUUUGGCGCCCCAUCUCGACAAGAUUCUUCCCAAAAUUCGAGAAGCCUGUAUUUUGGAAUACUGGAUCCCGUACCAGCGGGUAUCGCUCGCCAAAAUGGCACAGGAUUUGGAAUUUGCUGCGGCCAAUGACAGCAACAACUCGUCGUUGGUGAGCGUCAUUGAACGCUUGAUGCGUCAGGGAGCGUUGCGGGAUUGUCGGAUGGAUUGUCGGACCCAAUCCUUGAUUCGUGAUACCCCGUCAUGCAACAAGACCCGUCGCAAAUUGCAAAACAUGGGCCAACAGGUGUUGGAUGAUACCUAUGCCAUGGUCAUUCGAUUGGCGUGUGUGGAGAGUGACCUGGUGGUGAUGGACCCACAGCAACAAAACAGCAAGGGACGUCGUGGAAAUCGUGGUGAUGGCUAUGGAGAUGAAGAUGACGACAUUGAUGAUGCCAUGGAUAGUGACGACGAUACUCCCAUGGUCGAUGUGGGAGGUGGACCAGCCAUUAUUGGAGAUGACGAACCUCCCGAGAUGGGGGCCCAAAACCCAGAAGACUUGUAUUAAUUUGGCAAGUUGGGAUACCACAGGAAAAAGACAACAACCUGCAUGCACACAUGGAACCGUACGACUCGCAAGAGAAAACAGCACAAAUACGACAAAUGAUGACAAAAAGAGACGCUUUGGAACUGGUCCUUCGCGCGAGGCGUGAAAUGAAAACGGUUUCUGGUGUUUUGUCACAUGGAUCAGAACUAAAACGUAGAUCCAUUGGUUUUGAAAGGCUAGCUAGAUGUGGGUCUAGAGUAGGGAAGAUUUAGUAUUCAUGAAAGUCAUUUGGGACUGGGCAUAGGCCUAGGGCUUCGUGGGAUCAGGGGCAUCAAAGGACCAACACGAGGGGGGAAUUUUAAUUUGUAGGAUCCGCGGGGUCAGAAAUGAGUGGCUUUGAACAACGGCAGCGGUGGUCUACCAAGACAGCCCUGCGACGAGGUGGGUGCGGAGAUAUGAUCCCUCGAGCUGAGAGACCGACAAGAUGGUUCUUCUAACACGGUAGUCUGGAAGUCUAUGUUGGAUAUUUCAUCGAUUUCCACAAUGACAGCACGAUCUGUAGUAAGCAGGUGACUAAACACGUGUUUUUUGACGAAGCAAGCCAUUGUGACACAUACGGUCUGUAUGCUGGCUACAAAGUUCAGAAAUGGUAGACUCUCAUCAAGCAACUAAUAACACUAAUUCAUUGACAGCGCACAUGUAG